GUGGCGAGGCCGGAGUGAGCGCGGAGGAGCCGGAGCGGCGCGCAGCAGAUUGGCUUAUCGUGAGAGCUGCGGGGGGGAGUAUUGCUCAUCCUGAAGAUCAAGUGACUGUUGACAUCAACCAUGUCGUCCAGGCCUUUUGAGAGUCCACCUCCUUAUAGACCUGAUGAGUUCAAACCCAAUCAUUAUGCUCCCAGCAAUGAUAUCUACGGUGGGGAGAUGCACGUUCGGCCUAUGCUCUCUCAGCCGGCGUAUUCAUUUUACCCAGAAGAUGAAAUCCUGCACUUCUACAAGUGGACUUCUCCUCCAGGAGUCAUCCGCAUUCUUUCCAUGCUCAUUAUCGUCAUGUGUAUUGCCAUAUUCGCCUGUGUGGCCUCCACGCUGGCCUGGGACAGAGGCUAUGGAGUUGGCAUACUGGGAGGUGGGCUCAACUACCCAUAUGGCAGUGGCUUUGGCAGCUAUGGCAGUGGCUACGGCUUUGGCUACGGCUAUGGCUAUGGAGCCUACACAGAUCCCAGAGCAGCCAAGGGUUUCCUGCUGGCCAUGGCUGCCUUUUGCUUUAUGGCUGCCCUGGUGAUAUUUGUCACCAGCGUUAUCAGAUCCGAAAUGUCCAGGACCAGAAAAUAUUACUUGACAGUCAUAAUAGUGAGCGCCAUCAUGGGUGUCAUGGUGUUUAUUGCCACAAUUGUCUACAUCAUGGGAGUCAACCCCACUGCCCAGGCUUCUGGAUCUAUAUACAGUUCUCCCAUCUAUUCCCUCUGCAACCAGUUUUAUGCAUCAACAGGCACUGGACUCUACGUGGAUCAGUAUCUGUAUCACUACUGUGUGGUGGAUCCCCAGGAGGCCAUUGCCAUUGUACUGGGAUUCAUGGUUAUUGUGGCUUUUGCUUUAAUAAUUUUCUUUGCUGUGAAAACUCGAAGAAAGAUGUACCAAUAUGACAAGUCAAAUAUUUUGUGGGACAAGGAACCUAUUUAUGAUGAGCAGCCCCCUAAUGUCGAAGAGUGGGUUAAAAACGUCUCUGCAGGCACGCAGGAUAUGCCUCCCCCACCAUCUGAUUACGUGGAGACUGUGGACGGUCCCAUGACAUACUCUGUCAACGGGAAGGUGAACGGGAAGCCGACCUACCCCGAUCACUCCUACAAGUCGACCCCGAUGCCUGAAGUGGUUCAGGAGCUGCCUCUGACCUCAGCAGUGGAUACCUUUCGGCAGCCUCGCUACAGCAGCAGCGGCAACCUAGAGACGCUCCCAAAGAAAACGACCACCAAGGGGGGGCGAUCAGGCAAGUCCCGGAGGACCGACCCCGACUACUAUGAAACUGACUACACGACGGGCGGGGAGUCCUGCGACGAGCUGGAGGAGGACUGGAUCAGGGAAUAUCCACCUGUGACGUCAGAUCAUCAAAGACAACUCUACAAGAGAAACUUCGACACUGGCCUGCAGGAAUACAAGACCUUACAAGCAGAGCUUGAUGAGAUCAAUAAGGAACUCUCUCGUCUGGAUAAAGAAUUGGAUGACUAUAGAGAAGAAAGUGAAGAGUACAUGGCUGCCGCAGAUGAAUAUAACAGACUGAAACAAGUGAAAGCAUCUUCAGAUUAUCAAAGAAAGAGGAAUGAUUGCAAACAGCUGAAGAGCAAGUUGUCACACAUCAAGAAGAUGGUUGGAGAUUAUGAUAGACGGAAAACUUAGAAAGCAGGUGCUACAUUGAGCUUGGGAAAUAUCUGACCAUCUACAGUGUUGAACAGAAGGCAAAAGACUUUGAACUCUAGCAAGGGACACCAAACCUUUGUGGUCAUUACCAAGUUUGGGUCGCUUUAAUAUCAUCAGUAUUGAAGCAUUUAAUAAAUAGCUUUUGUUAAUACACUGGGCUGAGCACUCCAGUUGAGGAAAUGUAUUCUCUUUGCUGGUUCUUGCAUUCAGAACUGUUGUUUGAGUCUUUUUACCCUUUAGGAAGGCUCUGAAAUGAACCUUGUUCUAUGACAUUCACACUGCAGCCAGGCAGGUCUUAAUCCUUAAGUCUGUUCAUUAUUUUCAUAGUUGAUCUUGAUAAUCCUCCCAGAAUCCUUCCUUUAUUCCCUGUUAUUUACCAUCAUUUCUGCUCAGUUAGGGAAACGGGGUUCCUACAGUGAAAAUACUGCUGUGAAACAGCUUGUUUCCUGGCUGGCAGUUUUACUUAAGUCUAUUUUAUGACUAUAUUAAUAAUGUCCCAAGUCUUUCUUUUUAAGCUACUGUGGAUAUUCUGCCAACCUCCUUGGUGAUUAUUGUAUAUAAAAAGUUAGAAGUUUUAUUAUUUUUAUCUAAUCCUGGUAAUAAAGAUCACAUAAAAGUAACAAAUGUAUGAAGUUUAAAGAUUGAUUUUCUUUUUUUUUUUUUUAAGUAACGAUGUCUGUACAAAGUUUAAAGCUUCUGGUUAAAAUGUUGUUGUGUACUGUGUUUUUAAAUACUUUUUAUCUUUCUGGUUUACAUUUUUUUUUUUUUUGGCUUUUUGGG